AUGAACGAGCCCGCCAACAGAAUAAAUUAUGGAACUUUUCUUCGAGACCUCUAUCACAAAAGAUACCCCGUUCUGAAAUCUCACCGAUUAUUGAGAGUGGAAAUAGCCAGAAGUGAACCAGCGCCAGCGCAACCUGAAAUUCUAAAUCCGAUACGGCGUGGAACGAAACGAAAGUUGGCACUAGAAACUGAAGCGACGUCUUCAAAAAAGCCAAGACAGGAUUCUAUAGAAGGGUUGAAUCAGGAUGAAGACGUUGAGGAACAUAAUGAGAUUCCCAGCGUGGAGCAUUCAGAAGUCAAAGCUAGAAGUCCAGAAGAAGAAGACGUCGAGGAGAUUCCGAAUAUCGUUCGAGCGGAAAGUAUCUCCCAGAAACCUGAAGGCUCUCCAGCAACGAGCACGUCUUCUGAAGACGAAGAAGUCGUAGGGAGUUAUGAGCAAAAAGAGUACGUGGAUGAUGUCAACGAUCGAAUUAAAAUCGGAUUGGUUCGAAUCAUUUUUGAGAGACUCGCGAAAGAGGAAAUGGCGAAAAUUGAAAGGGACAAUGUUAAUAUCAAAGACUUACUAUUCUUCCGAAGCAUCUCUAGCACCUGCUGUAAAAUUGCUGAAAGUUUUGAGCUUCCUAUCCAGAAACUGAAGCUGGUCAUUCAUCGACAAUGUGUGGAAAUCAAAAUUUGGAAUAACCAAAAUUCCCUGACGAUUCUAGAAUACCAUGAUUCUGACGAAAACGAUGGAACCAAAUAUGAAACUUUGGCAGCUUUUGAUUUUUUCUUUCUUCUCAGAAGUCCCGGAAUUCAACUCGCAAGACUUGGAUUCAAAAUUGCUCCAUUUGAGGAUAAGGAUGAGCUAUGCUACACGAACGUUUCCCUGCUCCGAAUCAUCGUUGGCCUACUGAAAAGAAGAGUUGAUGAGCAAUCGAUUCAUCUGAACAAGCUGGCAUAUAUGUAUUCUAGAGAGGAUGUGUUUGGGUUGGGUAGAAAGCCAAGAACCGAUUAUCUAGAUGAAAUUGUGAAAUUUAUGAAGCCCCGGAUUCUGGAAUGUUUCAAAUUACGAACAUGGGAUGAUACUAGAGUUGUGAACAGUGAAAAGUACAGAGAUCAAUUGGCUUUGGCGAUUGCGGAAGGAGAGAAUGAGCAAUUGAUUGGUGGCGUGUAUCUGACGGAGCAGUGGAAGAAGGCGACUCGGCUUGAUAUCAGAGAUAAACUGAUCAUUAAACACUGGAAUUAUUUUGCGGAUUUCAAAGAGAUUCGGAUGUUAUCGUUGAGUCCGGAAGAUGUGAAUGAGGCGCAGAGUGAUUUGAUGGAUGAUCGAAAACAAGCCUACACAAUAUUAGUGACAAAUUCACUGAAACUUGAAGGAAUCAAAACGGAACUCGAAAACAUUGGAGAAUUCAGCAAAAAUCCGAAUAGUCCGAAUUUUGAAUUCCCGCUCGAAUUCACGAGAGAAGAAAAGGAUGGGCGUGUAUUCGUCACUAAUAUUUCAUCGAAUCGCGUUCAAGUGACAGUCAGGGAAAUUGAUCAGAAUGCGAAUGAUGCGUCUAUGAACAGAAACCACGUAUUUCAUAAAAAACCAAAAAUCCUGAGAACUCAUCUGGAGCCAAGAUUUGCCGCAAAAUGCUCAAUUCGAGAGGCUCAUCGAGAAGUUUGUUGGAUGAUAAGAACGAAUCAGCUUCCAACUAAUGUCGUAGUGACAGGGGGUCUAAUCUACAAUCGAGAACCACAAAGUAAUAAUACACUGGUUACUGUGGCUAGUGAUCGGAAUUCCGGCACGGUGGGUGUUUCGGAAGCGAGACCAGUGGAAGUUCAAAAAGAGGAGAAAGAGUUGAGAGUGGAUGCAGUGAAACGGCGAACGAUAAUGGAUAACGAAAGAAAGCAAGGAGUGGAGAAGUAUAAGAAUGAGGGUAUUCAUGAGAUUCAAAUCACAAAGAUCAGAGACAGCUAUGAAAAUCUAACGAUGAAAUUGUUCAAGGCGUUGGAUAGAGAUACGGGAAGGUUGAUUCGGACACAGGAGGAUCUUUUGAACAUAUUGUUCCAUCGCCGACACUCGCAAAAAUGCUACAAGGCAUCAAAAAACUAUCAAUUCCAACUUGAAAAACUGAAGUUUACAGUAGGCUACACGGAUGUCAAACUCGAAAUUACCAUGAAAGACUCACCAGAAGUCACAACUUUGGAAUAUUGGUGCCAGGGACAGGAUCGAUGUGCAGUUGUGUACGGAGCAACUAGAUUCUAUCUGGACAAGUCGUGUGACGAAGUUUCCGCAGUGGAUUUGUACUUUCUACUCAAGCAUCCUUUGCUUAGACUGCCAGAACUGGAAUUUGCCAUCGAGCCUUAUGACUUGGAAUAUGAUCACUUUCCAGACAUUUCGGCAAUAGCGAUAGUUGGAUUACUGUUGAUGAAUAAGAGAUCGUGUCAGACACAUGUCAAAAAACUAGGAUAUAUGUUCACAAGAGAAUCAAUGUUCAUGGAUAAACUAUCUACAUUUUCAUUGGAUACAAGUGUCCUUGCUCAGAUGCUCAUUCAUUUACCAUCUCGAUAUCUCCACGAGCUGUCACUUCGAGUUUGGAAUGAUUCGGAACUCAUUGCAGGGGAUAGAGAAUUGGAAUUGAUUGUUAGCGAUCUUGUGGAAAGAAAUAAGGUGAUGGAGCUCCAAUUGGAUGGCCUUGUGUUGUCUCGUUCUGCAUGGAAGCACGCAAAAGUUUUGAAUGUUGAAGAUAGGCUCAUGGCAAAGGAUUGGACGAAAUUCCUUCAUUUUGAAACUGUCUGUGUGCUCAAUAUGGAUGCCAAACGGAUUCUACAUGCUAAAAAUAUUUUCCAACAGAAGGACAUGUUGCCAGGGAACGGGUUCACUAUUCAAGUCGGAGACGAUAUGAAUUUGUUGGAAAUUCAAAAUUAUCUCAUUGCGGAAAGAAUCAAUGUUCGAAGAGAGGAAAAUGAAUUGAGUGUUAGUUGUUUGACAAAUGAUGAUAAGAAGUGGAUUUUUUUCAAAAUUGAUAACCGAAAAAUUGUGGUCACACAUCGGAAGAAGAGACGGGGUGAAGUGGAAGUCUAUAAUUAA